CAACUAACAGGAAGCCUCCUGCAAUUUGAACUGUCGAUAAAUGUGAGCACGAGGUGGCCGUCAUCGGACCCUCCCCCUGCGUGUCCAUAGACCAGUCUGCACUCUAGCAAACACUCCCACUUCAAACAACACUCUGGCAGUACCAGUACGUAUCCCUCCUUCUGUCCCCACACGCAAAUUCCAUUUUCACACCGGCUGCCUACUCCAGGCAUGGCUGACGGCUGUACCCAGUCAUGGCACUGCGACAUUACACCCUCGACUUCAACCUCUCAGCGCCAGCAGACUGUCCAACGACUGUGCAUGGGCUGCAGUCUAUAUUUCAAGAACAGGAAAUGACAGAGACUGUCCAUGACACUGAGGGACAUGGAUAUCUUGCUACCUUCAUUGGCAAGAAUGGCAGGUUGGUUAUUCUGCGUGUGACCGCCCUUGGCCUGCUUACCAUUGAUCUGCAGUGUUGUGAAGGAGAUAACAUUGUACAAGUAGAGAAUCUUUUGAAUACACUGGAAGAGAAGCUGAGAAGUCUCCUACAUGGAAACAUUAAGAGGGUCAAGAGGCUCCCAGCUCUGACACGAGGUGCAGCUGUUGAUCGAUACUGGCCCACAGCAGACGGCAGGCUGGUGGAGUAUGACAUAGAUCGGGUUGUAUAUGAUGAGGAUUCUGCAUACCAGAACAUAAAGAUCAUGCACUCACGGCAGUUUGGCAAUAUCCUGAUCCUCAAUGGGGAUGUUAAUCUAGCAGAGAGUGACCUGCCCUACACACAGGCCAUCAUGGGCAGAGGGAAAGAGAACUAUGCAGGGAAGGAGGUGCUGAUCUUAGGAGGCGGUGAUGGAGGAAUUCUCGCAGAGGCCGUCAAACUCAAGCCAAAGAUGAUCACCAUGGUGGAGAUCGACCAAAUGGUGAUUGAUGGGUGUAGAACACAUAUGAGGAAGGCAUGUGGAAGUGUUCUGGAUAACCUGAAGGGAGAAUGUUACCAGGUGUUGGUAGAGGACUGCGUUCCUGUUCUAAAAAAGUAUGUUGAGGAAGGGAAGACGUUUGAUUACGUCAUCAAUGACCUCACAGCGGUCCCCAUCUCCACAGCGCCAGAGGAAGACUCUACAUGGGAGUUCCUACAGCUUAUCUUGGAUCUCUCAAUAAAAGUACUGCGUCCUACUGGGAAGUACUUCACACAGGGUAAUAGUGCCAAUCUGACUGAGACACUGGCUCUUUAUGAGGAGCAGCUGGGAAGGCUCUCAUGUCCUGUAGACUUCUCCAAGGAAGUGGUGUGUGUGCCCUCUUAUAUGGAACUGUGGGUUUUCUACACCAUUUGGAAGAAGUAAAGAGGCCCCCCAGUCUCCUCCGUACGCUGCCUGCCGGAAUGUGAAAACUGUCCACCCCCCCAUUGUCCUCCGUCGCACUGAGGGGAGAGAUGACCCCCUCCCCAUCUCUACUCACACUGUUUUAUUAUCCUUCCAUGUCCAACUCUCUCUUAAACCCCUUUUACAUCUUAGUUGUAUUAUUUUAUGUCCAAACUUACAAGAGAUUGUAUUUCUGUUAGUUGGAUAUUUUGAAUUGGGCUGUUGUUUUUGCGUGUGCCCUCCAGGGAGAGCGUGGGGCUGACCGUGUAGGGCUGCCGCCACUGGUCUAGGGUUUAGACUUCUCUGACUAUAACCUGGACCCAGACCUUUCUAGGGUUUAGAAUUCUCUGACUGUUGUGUAGUUGUCAUGCCAUACAUGUUACAUGUCUUAUACAUGGCAGGGCAACAAUUCUCAGAGGAGUUGGCUAAAUAUCAUACAGGUCUGGGACCAGGCUAUAGUCAGAGGUCUAAAGCCUAGACCGAUCUGGGACCAGUAUUUAAACACUCUUGGUACACCUACCCCUCAGGGUGUUGUUACUUUUCAAAUUUGACUUAAAACAGCACCAACAUACAAUAGGCUUUGGGGUUCUGAUUGUGUGAUAGGAUAUGUGCUCGCCGUGGUUUCAAAUGAAUGUCUGUCUGCGUUUGAUUUUCUUCUUUUGUUGUAGCUAACUGGCUUAAGUGUGAUUUGAUUCCCAGUCCUUUCCAAGUGUGACCCUGUCCAUUCAGGCUGAAGUGUCCAAAUGGGUUUUUAAAAGGGAAAAAGGCCCUCCUUUGUGGUGGUUUCUUGCUUGUACUGCUUCAAUGUGAAUUGUGUUUUUAUUAUUUAGCACCUUUUUAGUUUCUCCUGCUGGGUCUUAUUUUACAUAUUCAGUUUAGAAUAUUUCUCUAAGUUUGUUUGGUGCAUGUGCUGGAAAUGUAAAUAUGUUUAUUGAAUGUAGCUUACCAUAUACACAGUGCAACUUCAUGCAUUUGAUCAUUAUUGUGGUGCUUUGUUAAAUGUAUUUAUUUUAUUUCACCAAAUGCUGUUUUAUCCAAAAUACCUUUUUGUUCAGCAGUGACUACCUGCUAUUAAAAAUGAGUUGGAGAAGAAAAUGUUUUUAUUUUGCUUGAUUCAGAGGAGUAUAUCAUAUCUUAGCUAGCAGUCACAACUGACAGACAAUUUGGGUGUUUCUACUAAAAGUCCAGAAUCAUACCAAUGCAAACAUGAAGAGCAAACUCACUACUUUGAAUACAGAUUUGCUUGCAGAUUUGCUUGCAUUUCCCAUGUACUUCCUUUUGAAAUUAAUUCUACCAUGAGCAAUGUUGAUUUCAAUAAACCUUCCCCUUUGUUAA